UUUCCCCCUCCACGCAACCCAAAAAAGCCCCCCAUACAAAAAUAAAGUACGACACACUGAGUAAGUCGACAACUACCACACUCACCACAUUCAAAACUGCAUCAACAUGCCGAAGGAAAAAGCUUCCCGCAAAACUAAGCCUCGCAGUAUCGAAAAGAAGAAGAAAGACCCCAAUGCUCCCAAGCGUGGUCUCUCCGCCUACAUGUUCUUCGCCAACGAGCAGCGCGAAAACGUCCGGGAGGAAAACCCCGGUAUUUCUUUCGGCCAAGUUGGUAAAGUCCUCGGAGAGAGAUGGAAGGCCUUGAACGAGAAGCAGCGUGCGCCCUACGAGGCUAAAGCUGCUGCCGACAAGAAGCGUUACGAGGACGAGAAGGCGAGCUACAAUGCACAGGAUGAGGAUGACGAGUCUUCCUAAGUGGUAGGCAGGCAGGGGGCUUCGGGCAUGAAAAUGAAACAGCAAUUAAAUCGACGUUUUAAAGGGAGAUCGUGGCCGGCUUUUUUUUGUUUUCUUCCCUGCUGGCUCCUGUGAUCUGUCUCUGUACUCUUUGUUUGAUUCUCUCAUUGUUGCUUUCAACUAAUUGUUGUUUGUCGACGAUGAUGAUGAUGAUGAUGAUGCUGCUGCUGCUGCUACUGCUGUUCUCUUGUGACGGUUCUAUAUCGGUUGAUCCAAUGGCUUUUCUUUGCUUUCUCCCCAUUCAUCCUUUUCUUAUUAUUUAUAGUUGUGCCUUUUGCCUGGGAAUGGGAAACGGGAAUGAUGGUGCGGGUUGUCAAUUGUGGCUCCUUUCUUUUUGUUACUUGCUUUUAUUUCCUUUUUCCCUUGUUCUUUUCUCCUUUUUUUCGCCCUUUUGUUUUCCUUUACUUAAAAAUAUUCCAUAUGAUGGCUCUUGCUGUUUCUGCUGUUAUUUUAUGUUAACUCUAAUGAAAGGGUUUUAUCGGGUUCUUAAUUGUAAUUCUCUUUUUUAUA